GGAAAUAAAUCUUGUACAUCUUAGUGCUGAUGAAUCAUUGGAUGUGAUUAUUCACCGAAAAUGUGUAUGAUAUGAUAGAGAUAAGAGAAGAUAAAGAGAAGGAUAAAAAUAUGAUAUGAUGGCGACAUGAUAGACUAAAUUUAUUUACUUUGUCAAAAAAAAAAAAAAAUUAUUUACAUUGAUGUACUUCAUCUUAGAUCUAUUGUCAAAGCUUGCGAUGUAAUACCUAUGUUUUAGAUCUCUCUCAUUCAUCACCUCAUUUUUCUUCCGCUUAGAUCUAACAACUCUAUAUUCCAUUUUUUAAGUGGUUAUGAAUGUCAUCAUCUAAGGCAUCACAUUUUCAUAAGAAGUAAUGACAAGGAGACAAGCAAGUUCCACGAGACGCAAUGGUGGAAGCUUUUCAUUUUCAGGAGUCUUGAAUUCCAAAUUAAAUUGUUCUCCCUUAUUGUUCAUCACCCUUGUCCUUUUGGGAGCUUUCCUUCUCAUUGUUUAUGCUUAUGGUGGGUCAGGUCUAUUUAAAGUAAGGAAGGAUGUUGUUAGCAGAGUUGAAGGUGAUUUUUCAUGCACAUUUGAAGUUCAAAGUGUAAUUCCUAUUUUGAAGAAUGUAUAUGGUGAAAAUAUGAAAAAUAUCUUGCAUGUUGGCCCUGAGAGUUGUUCAGUGGUAUCCAAAUUGUUAAAAGGGGAAGUUGAAGCAUGGGGUGUGGAGCCAUAUGACAUAGAAGAUGUUGAUAAGAAUUGCAAGGCUUUAGUCCAUAAAGGCAUUAUACGUGUUGCUGAUAUUAAAUUUCCUCUACCAUAUAGACCAAAGUCUUUUUCACAUGUUAUAGUAUCAGAUGCUUUGGAUUACAUGUCUCCAAAAUAUUUAAACAAAACUCUUCCUGAGCUUGUAAGAGUAUCUGCAGAUGGUGUUAUUAUUUUUACAGGUUAUCCUGGACAACGGAGAGCUAAACCAGCACAAUUAUCUAAAUUUGGUCGCCCGGCGAAAAUGCGGAGUUCGUCUUGGUGGAAAGAAUUUUUCAGUGAAACAAACUUAGAAGAAAAUGAAGUUGUUGUCAAGAAGUUUGAACAAGAUGCAUCUAGGAUGUCUUACAAUCCAACUUGUCAAAUUUUCCACAUCAAAUCAUACAACUGAAAUAUCUUGAAAUUUGAGUAUAAUAUCAUCAAUCAAACAAUUUUGUUUUUACCACUUAUGGACAAGCAUUAAAAUGUCUGCUGCUAAAAGAAUAGGCAAAGUUAGAAUUAGUUUAUAUGAA